AUGGACAGCCCCACACACAGCACAGUACAUCCCCGAACACCAGCACCUGUCCGCUCAACGCAGAGCACUGCAGAGAUCCACAUGCGGCCCAGGUUACGAUGUCUGGUGAAACAGCUGGAGAGAGGAGAAGCUUCAGUAGUGGACCUGAAAAAGAACCUGGAAUAUGCAGCCACUGUGCUUGAGUCAGUUUAUAUCGAUGAAACAAGACGUUUACUGGACACUGAAGAUGAACUCAGUGACAUCCAGUCAGAUUCGGUUCCUUCAGAAGUUCGAGACUGGCUGGCCUCCACCUUUACCCGACAAAUGGGAAUGAUGCUAAGAAGAACAGAAGAGAAACCAAGGUUUAGAAGCAUCGUACAUGCAGUGCAGGCUGGGAUAUUUGUGGAAAGAAUGUAUAGAAGGACAUCAAACAUGGUUGGGCUCAGCUAUCCACCUGCAGUCAUUGCUGUUUUAAAGAAUGUUGACAAGUGGACCUUUGAUGUAUUUGCACUAAAUGAUGCUAGUGGCGAUCAUGCACUUAAAUUCAUCUUUUAUGAAUUACUUACACGUUAUGAUUUGAUCAACCGCUUCAAGAUACCUAUCUCUGCACUUGUAUCCUUUGUGGAGGCACUGGAAGUUGGCUACACCAAACAUAAAAAUCCAUAUCACAAUUUGAUUCAUGCAGCAGAUGUUACACAAACUGUUCAUUACUUUCUCUUUAAGUCAGGUUUAGCGCACUGGCUAACAGAACUGGAAAUAUUUGCUAUGAUUUUUGCUGCUGCUGUCCACGAUUAUGAACACACGGGUACCACAAACAACUUUCACAUCCAAACAAGAUCAGAUUCAGCUGUUUUGUAUAAUGACCGAUCUGUACUUGAAAAUCAUCAUGUAAGUGCAGCAUAUCGCUUACUGCAGGAUGACGAAGAAAUGAAUAUACUUUAUAACCUUUCCAAGGAUGACUGGAGGGAAUUCCGGGCUUUGGUGAUUGAGAUGGUGUUGGCUACAGAUAUGUCCUGUCAUUUCCAACAAAUCAAAGCAAUGAAAAAUGCUUUGCAGCAGCCAGAAGGGAUUGAUAGGCCGAAAGCCUUAUCUCUGUUGUUGCAUACAGCAGACAUCAGCCAUCCAGCAAAAAACUGGGACCUCCAUCACAGGUGGACUAUGUCAUUGCUAGAAGAAUUCUUUAGACAGGGUGACAAAGAAGCAGAACUUGGCCUUCCGUUUUCUCCACUGUGCGAUCGCAAUUCAACAAUGGUUGCUCAAUCCCAAAUAGGAUUUAUAGACUUCAUCGUGGAGCCAACAUUUACAGUGUUGACAGACAUGACAGAGAAGAUUGUAAUCCCACUCAUUGAUGAAGCCUCUCGGUCUGGGCUCACAGGAUUUAGGCGAUCUAGUUUAAACAGCAUAACUCCCUCAGAUGUUAAACGAUCGAGUGUGAAAAGCACUGGAUCAGAAGGAAGUGCCUCUUUGAAUUGUUCAAUCCUCACUGUGGACUUCAAAAGUUUUAAAAAUACGUGGUAUGACGUUGUACUACAGAACAGAGAAAAGUGGAAGGCACAAGCAGCCAAAGAUGCAGAAGAAAGAGCGAAGAAAGAAGCGGAAGAAACUGCUUCUAAAGAAAAAGAUGACAAAAAAGAUGAUGACAAAGAAGAUAGAAAUGACAAUGAAAAAUCUUUACCACCCAGACCAGAGACAAACAAAGAAACAAAUGCAAAUGAUGGAAAAGCCCCGGAAUCUAGUCAGGGAAAUAUUAAUGGGACUCGCUUACCAAAUGUAAACAGACAAGAUGAUUCCUCAGGACAAAGUCAAAGCAAACAAGAAAAAAGCGGGGACUGUGAAGGCAAACAGCAAGUUCAGAAUGAAAGCAAAUUGGUGACAACAGGGUUGCGCAGUUCUCCAUGCCCUCCAUCACCAACAGCAAUUGGCCACCAUAAAAAAGAUAAAGAAGAGUAAAAGAGCCUGUAAAUGUCAUCAUUUUAGCUGAGCUUCUUCAUUCUGUUCCUACUUCCGCAAAGACAAGUCCCUUGGGAACAAAAGGCAUUAGCUUUAUAAGCAAGGCAUCCACUGAUUACUUUACAGAGAAAGACUAGUUUUUUGUGUGUUAUUUUUUUCCCCUUCUUCGUGAAAUAAACAUGACUUGGCUUUUUACACAGCAGGCAAAAUAUUUGGGGAAACUUUAAGUCAUUGCUAAUUCCAAUAUUAGGCCUGGGCUUAGAAAAAUCUUCAGUGAACAAAAUGAUUACUCACAAGGAAUUUAUUUUGAAAUCUACACUGCAGAAAUCAUUUUGGAAAAUUAAUUUCAAGUGUCCCAGAAGCUAAACAUAUGUUAACGCAUGUGGUUGUGGAAGCCAUACCAGAGGAUUUUUAUCCUGCACUUAAACAGAACUGCACAGUCUAUAGGGUUGGCACACUGCACAGGGUUAAACACUGUCUGUUCUAGUGUUUUAUGUUUUAAAAGAUAUGUUAGAGUUAAUUUUAUGGCCGAAGGCUUAUAUUUUAUUUUUUCAUGAUACACCUUUAGUAUAAAAAAAGAAAAAAGAAAAAAAAUCAUGUAAUGUCUAAUUUAAUGUAGAAAUUUGUUCUAGGCUCAUUUACUGGUUAUCAUUUCAAGGUCUUCCAUAAAUAUUGGUUUUUAAUGGCACAGCAUGCUGGAAGCAAAAUAUUUCCUGCAUCUCACAUUUAUACUUCUGCCAAUGCACUGUAAUGAAUGAAGACAAAGAUGUCAAAAUGGA